GACAAUCCCAGUGAGUUUACAAUCAGCCUUGAUGCGUUCGUUGUUCCAUCGAUGGGGUCCUGACGUUACAACUAGUCAAUCAACAGAUUCUGGCCACCUCACUAUCGAGAAAACGGCUGAAGCAUGACAUAGUGGAAAAUGGACAGCGGGCGGUGGACGCAUGGACGGAGAAGCGAUAUCAAGUGGUAAGCACACUUGCUCCCUCUCGCACUCGCAAAGCUUAACGCUUCUUCUACGUCCUUUCGAAUCGGUCCUUUUAUCAUUAGAUAUUAAUGGAUGUCCAGAUGCCAGUAAUGAAUGGCAUUGAUGCCGUUGCUAUCAUCCGCCGCCGAGAGAGAGAGUUCGCAGCCGAAGCCGAACGUACCAAUGUGAAGAACUCUGCCAAUACUACGGAAGCCGCACUGAAUGGAAAGCAGGGAGCCCCGUCGCGCACGAACAUCGUUGUUCUCACGGGCUUGGACAGCCCAGAGGAUCAGAAAGCGGCAAUGACGGCUGGCGCCGAUUUGUUCUUGACUAAACCGGUCAGUAUGAAGCGGUUACAUGCGUAUAUCUCGCAAUUGAUCGACGUACCGACGUCUCAUAUCGAAAACAUUGCGACCGCUCCCCGCCGAAACCUCACUCGGAAGGAAAGCAGAACCAAAAAACCAAAAGAUGCGACUCCCACCAAGUCCGAGGCCGAUAAGCCCUUACCGCGAUUAACACGAAGACAGCAGGAGCAGCUCAACCAUACCAUAGUCACCUCCACUGAUCUUGAAGACAAUGUUUCUAAGGAAACCGAGCCCAGCCUUACUGUUGGCAUGCCACCACACGUUGAUCGCAAGUUUGGACAUACGGCUCGUUCGCCGUCAAGUUCGUCUGACACAAUAUCUGAGAUGUCUUCGAAUAACAGCAGCAUUGCUCUUCUUGGGGAUUAGUGUACUUUAGACAUGACGGAAGAUAUCGAUGAUCUCUCAUCGCAGGGAAAGGACUUCCGUCGGACUGCAUGAGACCCGGCUUGACACAUAGACCUCUGCAUCUUGUACAUAUACACAAUCAUCCCGUGGGCAGGAUGGACCACCAGUAUGGGCCUUCGUAGGCCAACGUCAUUAUACAUGGGCUAUUGCUGCGUGCGCAAGCUACAUUGAUACCUGCCAUGUCCCUACCAUGCCACAAUUUGCCGCCCACGGCGAUGCACGAAACAAGAACCCAUGCGGCAUUAAGGGUCUAAGCAGAG